AAAUAAUUACCAAAAAAAUUAUACAUAAUAUUCAUAUGAAAACUCACAAUCAUUACAAUGAAAAUUGUGAAAUUGUUUAAUAUAUCACUGGCCAGUGUUUAUACACAUUGGUUAAUUUGGCUGCGAUUAGCUGUGAUUUGUCGUACACUAAACAUAACUAUUUUACAUAAUAAUGAUUUUCACACACAUUUCGAGCCAAUGAACGAAUGGAGUGCUGAGUGUAAGAGCGGUGAACAGCAAUGUUUCGGUGGUAUCGCACGAACGGUCGCCAAAGUAAACGAAAUGCUAUUACAACCAGAGGCGGGAAAUGGCGAUAACGUGCUAUUCCUGAACGCCGGCGACCACUUUCAGGGCACCAUUUGGUAUACGUUACUGAAAUGGGAAGUCGUGGCAAAGUUUGCCAAAUUUCUCAGACACGACGUAAUGGCUUUAGGCAAUCAUGAGUUUGACGACGGCGUUGAAGGACUGUUGCCUUUCGUACGGAAUGUCACACAAAAUAAUGAGAAAAAUUUGCCGAUAGUUUGCGCCAACAUUGAGACCUCCGGGGAAUUACGACAACUAAUUAAACCGUCAAUUGUUGUGGAGAGAGGAGGCAAAAAGAUAGCCAUCAUUGGGUAUAUCACACCCGACACCUCAUUCCUGGCCCGACCCGGAGAUACUGUCAAAUUCAACGAUGAAAUCGAUAGCAUUAGGAAAGAAAUCGAGAACUUAAAAAAGAUUUAUCCCAAAAACGAGUUAAAUAUUUUCAUAGCUGUCGGCCAUUCAGGACAUAAGAAGGACAAAGAGAUUGCUGAAAAGAUACCGGAGUUAGAUGUUGUGGUCGGCGGACACUCUAACACAUUCCUAUACACCGGGAAACCGCCGUCCAUUGAAGUGCCUGAAGGCCCGUAUCCGGUGGUCUACGAUCACAACAGUGAGGGUAAAACACUUGUGGUUCAGGCCUUUGCUUACGGCAAAUAUCUCGGGAAACUGGACGUUGUAUUCGAUGACAACGGCCUAAUCACCAGUUAUUCCGGAACUCCUAUACUUUUGGACAGCAAUACAAAAGAAAAUCCGAAAGUGUUAGCAGAAGUGCAAGAGAUGGCCAAAGAGAUCGACGAUCACUACAAACAAAAUAUUGGUUACAGUUAUGUAGUGUUGGAUGCGUCGGGCUGUCUGAUGAAGGAAUGCAAUUGCGGUAAUCUAAUGGCCGACGCGUUUGUCACCCAUUUUUUGAGCACACAGACAGUGCAACAGAAAGGCUGGAAUGCGGUUCCUAUGACUGUCGUGAACGGCGGCGCCGUCCGGACAACAAUCAACUCCGGAAACAUUACGAUAAAGAGCGUGAUGUCCACCGCCCCCUUCGGUAAUCCCCUGGGGGUUCUCCGGACCACCGGAUACUCUUUGUGGCAAAUUCUUAAACACUCGGCCUCUCAGUACAAAUUGGGAGGCUUUCUGCAGGUGUCGGGCAUUCGGUAUGAGUUUGACUCUCGACUCCCAAAAGGAAAUCGUCUGAAGAAAGUUAGAGUGAGAUGUGGUGACUGUCAGAGCCCGGCCUACGAAGACCUUGAUCUCAGCAAAACCUAUUCAAUCGCUAUCUCUGAAUAUCUGGUAAACGGCGGCGACAACUAUACAAUGAUUAACAAGACUCAGUUCACACCACAAAAACAUCUCGAUUACGAUGUGAUCAUCGAUUAUGUCAAGAAGUAUUCGCCGAUAAUCACUGGUCUCGAGGAUAGGAUUAUUGAUCAGGCAAUGACGACAACACCUAAUAGUCAUGCAAUUAGCGCUUGUUUAGCGUAUAAUCUAAUUAUAGUUAUACUGUCGGUGUAUAUAUACUCCAGUUAUUUGUGUAAAGGAUAA